AUGCUACAUGAAGAUGAAAAUGACUGUGAUUCUUUUGGUUCCAGUUCUUCCUGGAAAAGGCGCCUAGAGGCCACAAGAAGCAUGCCAUCUCUCCAUCAAGGCAACCUUUCUGCUUCGAUCUUUAUUUUGGUUGGCUUCCCAGGUUUAGGAGAGGUUCACUGCUGGCUGGCUUUUCUGCUCUGUUUCCUGUUUGCUCUGGCUCUCCUUGGGAACAGUACUAUUAUUUAUAUCGUCAGUGUUGAGCGAAGUCUCCACCAGCCAAUGUAUCUCUUCCUCUGCAUGCUGGCAGCUACUGACAUCAUGAUCUCCCUAUCUACGAUGCCCAAGAUGAUGGCCAUAACUGGAUUCAACUCUACCAGCAUCACCUUUGAUGCUUGCUUGCUCCAGAUGUUCUGCAUCCACAGCUUAUCAGGAAUGGAGUCAACCAUCUUGUUGGCUAUGUCUUUGGACCGCUACAUUGCCAUCUGCUAUCCACUGAGUCAUUCUUCUAUCCUCACUGGCCCCAGGAUAGCUAAGAUAGGCCUGGUGGCAGUAAUCCGUGGAGCAGCCGUGAUGGCAUCCUUGCCAGUUUUCAUUAAGAGGCUGCCCUUUUGCCAGUCAAAUGUUCUCUCUCAUCCUUACUGCCUGCACCAGGAUGUCAUGAAGCUGGCUUGUGCCAGCAUUAAACUCAACGUUAUCUAUGGACUGGUGGUCAUCAUUUUUGCCAUUGGACUGGAUUCACUCCUCAUCUCCCUUUCUUACAUCUUUAUCCUGAAGGCUGCCCUCAGCCUAUCCCAAGAGGCACGCCUGAAGGCCCUGGGAACCUGUUUCUCCCACCUCUCUGCUGUCUUUCUUUUCUAUGUUCCCUUCAUUGGGUUGUCCAUGGUGCACAGAUUUCAGGAGACCCAUGGCUCCAACAGCCAUACUGUCCUGGCCAACCUACACCUUCUGGUGCCUCCAGUGUUGAACCCCCUCGUAUAUGGAGUGAAGACCAAGGAGAUCCGAUGCAGAGUCAUCCGGUCAUUCCACAGAAUUAUCCUGAGAAGGACCUUCCAGAAUUCAAGAUCAUAA